AUGUCAAUACAAUAUGUUAGGAUAUACUAUGGACCUAACGAUUCAUUUAACACAAUAGCACAUAAACCACAAAAAUUACGAGGUAUCCGCGAACAUCUACAAAAAUUGGGAUUUCGCGUCGACCUCGUGCCUGUAGAAUACAUAAAUUACUGCAUGUUAGAAAUGUGUGGACAUGAGGUAUUUAGGUGUAACAUAAACAAUCUCUCAUUUAACACAUGCUCAGAACGCGACCCUGUCUGUCGUCGGGCUAUCAUCGCUGUGGUCGAAUCGUCGGCUAAAUUCUUAAGAGCCAGAAGCUACCUCUGGUCCUGGGCCCUUUUGGACAAACAAAUGUUCAGGAGCGGAUACUCUCCCAAAGCAUAUUGGGCAUUUGAUUUGGAUGAAAAUUUUGACACUUGUUUGGAAUGUGUUACAUGCUGUGGAGUUAUUAAGAGAAACGAAAAUUAAUUAUGCUUUAAUGUGCACGUUCCCAUUAUUUAAGGGUCCUUUUUUUUCAAUACAUGGAGACUACGGACAAUUUAUAUUUAUUUUCCCUUUUUUUUUAUUAUAUUUUUUUUUUGUUAUGAUAUUGUCAUUGAUAUCAAUUCAAAAAAGCCUACAUGUUAUCUUUAUAGAUUCAAAAAAGAUAAAAAACUGAUCAAUCAAUCUUUUUUAAAGAGUAA